AUGUUUUAUUCUGUACAUUCAACUCUUUCCUUUUUUAGUGCUUCCGUGGGCAUGCAUAUGAACCUGCCCAAAAUGGAGUCUUCUCAGAAUAUGUCUGUCCUGCGCGAGCUUUAUUCCAAAUGUAACAGAGGAUACUUGAAGGGGAAUCUGGAUUUCAAAGGCUAUUGUCAGACAUGGGUCCCUCUCUUCUCUAUGCUGUUUGAUGUCACCAGAAAUUCCGAAGUUGAAUCUCUGCUCAAUUACGGCCUUGACGAUGGCAGCCUCCCUUGGGCAGCAAUUCUGAGCGGAUACAAGGAUCCUGCUGAGGGAAAGAAUUUAUGGAGCGAGUUCCCAGACCAGCAGUGGAAGAUUUGCUUGUCAUUGCUGGAUCUUGAGAGAAAUCUCUCCGAUUUGGAGUUUCUCAGCUUGUCUACCUUCCCAUUCUUCGAGAGCAUCUCAAUUCAAAAUUUGGGGGAAAAAAUGCAGUCAGUCAGCACGACCGUAGGCAUCGGAAACAGAAGGAAUAACGAAAGAGAUUUCUUCGUGUUAGAAACAGACCACUGUCUGUCCCGUUCUACUCGGGUCGCAACUCAAGAGCGUGUAAAAAUUACAUCGAAUGGAUUCGAACAUUCACAAGAGACGCUAGCUGAUAUUUUUGCGGAAAAUAAACCUCCUUGCGACUACCAAGGCAUCAAAUAUAUGUGGGAACGAGUUCUCGGGAUGAUAUCUAGUGUGAUGGCCGUUCAUGGCCAUGUUAAAAACCUGCGAAUCGACUACAAUAUCACCCCAGCUACUAUACUAGUUUCUCCGGAUAGAGGUUCUGGAAAGAGUUUUUUCUUUAACUUCAAUACUACAAAUGGCGGGGGAUGCUAUGAAGCUGAUGAAGCAAAAAGUUACGCUGCUUUUCACAGCCGAAACUAUAGUAAGUCGAUCACAUUUCCACGGAUACAUGAUGCAUACAGAAUUGACCCUAGGUGUGUAGGCGCCCCUGAGCGUUCGUUUGAUACUAUGAGCAAUACCGAAAAAUGUUCAUCGGACGAUAUAUGGUCACUGGGGUGCAUCCUCCUUGAGAUCUCGGCUUUCAUUACGUACGGAAAUCAAGGCCUCCACGAGUUCCAGAAGCAAAGAAGGAUGGAGAUUGCGUCUUUACACAGAAAACUAGGAAACCUUGACGAUGCAUAUUUUCACGACAGCCACGGCCCGCUCGAAUCUGUGCGAAAAUUUGUCCAGGGGAUUCAUCGCAAUGGGCGGCGUUGUGACGAUAUCACCCCGCGGAUAGUAGACUUGGCUUUGAAUCGAUUAUUGGUUCCUCAAAAGACUAGGUGUACCGCAUUUGAACUCUUCAACAAGGUCGAUGAGGCUAUCGAAAUUAGCAAGGACGUUUAA